GGGAGUGUGACGGCAAUGACCGUUUUCUUCCCACUUGACACUGCAAGACUACGGCUGCAAGUGGAUGAGAAGAGGAAAGCCAGGUCCACUCCUGCCAUUCUGUCAGAGAUUGUCAAGGAAGAAGGGUUGUGAGUAAACAAGAGCUCUGUCUUUCCCUCGCUCUGCUUUCUCUCUCUGCUCUUUUAGCAUUUUUUAUUUAUUUGAACAGAAUCACCCGAGGUUGUGUCUGUCCCCCUGCCUGUCCUCUGCAGGCUGGCGCCCUACAGGGGCUGGCUCCCAGUGAUCUGCAGUCUCUGCUGUUCCAACUUCGUCUACUUCUACUGCUUCCACAGCCUGAGAGCCAGCUGGCUCCGGGGACACAAGUCAACUCCAAGCAGAGACCUGCUAAUGGGCAUUGCUGCAGGUGUAGUGAACGUGCUUGUGACCACUCCGCUGUGGGUGGUCAACACACGACUCAAGCUUCAAGGAGCAAAGUUUCGCAAUGCAGACAUCCGUCCCACUAACUACUCGAGCAUCAUGGAUGCCUUUGUGCAGAUCAUUGAGGACGAAGGGGUGGGGGCCCUGUGGAACGGGACAUUCCCCUCUCUCCUGCUGGUGCUCAACCCGGCUGUCCAGUUCAUGAUCUAUGAGGGCCUGAAGAGGCAGCUGAGAAGCUUGGUUCACAGAGAGGUAAUGGGAGGGGGGGGGGGGUGUACUUCAGACUGGGCAGAAUUAUCAAUUAGAUUUCAUUCUCAUUGAUGGGAAAAAGCCCUGUAGUCCUCCCUCACUAACAAAAAAUGGUAUAACUGAAAAGCAAAGUGGAAUCAUUAGCUUUAUCUUUCUACCGGUACUUUUUAUUACAUUUUUUAAAAUGUAACCUUUAUUUAACUAGGCAAGUCAGUUAAGAACAAAUUCUUAUUUACAAUGACGGCCUACCAGAAGGCAAAAGGCCUCCUGCGGAGACAGAGGCAGGGAUUCAAAAUAAAAUACAAAUUUAGGACAAAACACACAUCACGACAAGAGGGACACCACAACACUACAUAAAGAGAGACCUAAGACAACAACAUAGCAUGGUAGCAACAUAACAACAACAUGGCAGCAGCACAACAUGGUAGCAGGACAAAACAUGGUACAAACAUUAUUGGGCACAGACAACGGCACAAAGGGCAAGAAGGCAGAGACAACAAUAUAUCGCGUGAAGCAGCCACAACUGUCAGUGAGUGUCCAUGAUUGAGUCUUUGAAUGAAGAGAUCCAGUUUGAGUGUUUUUUUGCAGCUUGUUCCAGUCGCUAGCUGCAGCGAACUGAAAAGAGGAGCAACCCAGGGAUGUGUAUUUUGGGGUCCUUUUAACAAUGUGACUGGCAGAACAGGUGUUGUAUGUGGAGGAUGAGGGCUGCAGUAUCUCAGAUAGGGGGGAGUGAGGCCUAAGAGGGUUUAAUAAAUAAGCAUCAGUGUACACUUUGAUUGAAAAUAUUGAUUUAAAGUACAAAUAUUGACAUUUAUUAACAAACGCUUCCAUUGUAUUGGAAGUCAUACCUCCAAUAUAUAAAAAUACCUUGCUAUUCUGUAUUAUCAUAUACCUGCCCAACCCUAUUUAAACUGGAACUAACUGAUCCUGAUACUGUUGUCUGUCCAUUUCUCUAGCUGUUGUCUCUGGAGAUAUUUCUGAUUGGUGCCGUAGCCAAAGCAGUGGCCACCACAUUCACAUACCCACUACAGACUGUACAGUCCAUCCUGAGGUUUGGUCAACACAAGCAGCACACAGACAGAUCACCAUUGCUGAACAGCCUGAGAAGUGUGAUGUAUCUGCUGAUCAAUAGAGUGAGGAAGUAUGGCAUGCUGGGCCUGUUCAAAGGCCUGGAAGCUAAACUCCUGCAGACCGUCUUGACCGCUGCCCUCAUGUUCCUGCUCUACGAGAAGAUAGCCAGCAGCACCUUCAGUGUCAUGGGAGUGAAGAGGCCUGCUUCCAGCCACUAGCCUGUCUGUGACAUCAGACAUCCGAUCCCAUAUUGUUGCCAUAUGUCUCCCCUUGGCCAUAACCCCUCAAUGUUGGCAUGUAUAAAGGGUCUGGGUCGGUAUAAGCAGUGUAGCUAGGGGUAAAUCUUCCACCAUAUUUCUUCCACCUUACAGACAUGCAAGCAUGAAAUGGUUAGGGGCAAAGGGAGGGGAAGGAAUCGAACUGAGACCAGCUGAGACUGUACCAGAGAUAUUACAGAAAGGAUGAAAUGGGAGUCCCAUUGGGCAAUGAAUGUAUAACGCUUCACCCAGUAGACUCACGGUGCAUUCUGGGCGAUUCUGGGACAAGGAGAGCUCUCCUUCAAGGAGUGAAUGGCAGUCAAUUGGGCGCUAGCUCAAAACCAUAAAAUGAACAUGAAUAACCCUUUUCAUAACCGUAGCCUAAUUAUCCUAACCUGCUACGUAAAUUCUCCUAACCUGCUACGAAAAACCAAAUCUGACGUUAAUUUUACAAAAGCUUGAUCCCUUCUAGCCAUGGCUGAGCUCUCCUUGUCCCAGGUUUUUUGUCUAUUUAUUUUUCUAGAACUGACAAUUUUGUGGAAGUAGACACCACUUGUUCCUCAGACUCCUGUGGAUUUCAUCGUUUUGUACUUUUCAAUAUUCUAAGAUUAAUUUGUGGAUUUAGUUAAGCAGCUAUUUUGUGAUGCAUUGUUGCUCUUGUCAAAUCACUGGGAAAUGUUUUCAUUCUGUCAUUAAUUGGCUCUCUGACAAACGUGUUGAAUAAUUAAGGGAUGUAUUUUAAAUUCAUUUUUGUCCAAUAUGAUGGAUGGAUAAUUCACCAACAUUUCAGAUUCUCAGAAAGGUUGAUAGAAAUAAAAUGUUGCUGCUCAAAUAAGUACAUUUCAGCUUUUUUGACCAUAUGCUUUCAUCUCCUUCAGCCAGCUCUCUCUGAGAGAGAAGAGAGCCUGGGACCAGGUUAAAUAUGCAUCAACAAUUGUCGUUUCAAGAUUGUCAUUUAAAAAUCGUUUAUUUCCUCUGAUUUGCGUACUUUUACUGAUGUGGAGCGUUGUUUUUGUUUUUUUAAAGUUGUUUUUACAGUAAUAUAAUUUUGGACCAGUAGAUGGGGUCACAGCCCCACAAAAUAAAGGUUUAAAAUGUAGUGUUUACUGCGGUGCUAUAUGUUUAAUCAAAUUUUAAAAAAUCGAUUUAACGUAUAUUUUUAUCCACAUGUACGCUAUUGUAAUCUGUUUUUACGUCAUACAUAUGCGUCGGCCGGAAGUUGAAUUUCCAUUGCCUCUUAUUUUUGUUCCCGGUUAGAUACUGUUCAGCAGCUGGGUUAGGUACGCUUUUUGUGUUCGAAAUUGGCGAGAUAUUUGGUUAGUUUAAACAACUUUAAUAUCAAUUCAAACGGUGUUUGGACAAUUAACGCAGAGCCAUGUCUAAACGCGCUUCUUUUCACACACAACUGUCCUCCAUCAUGGAAAUACUGUCUAGAACCGCAAUGGCUCAUGUGUGUAAACUGGUUGACGACGAAUACGCGGGAAUAUCUUUAGAAAAUGAGUCUCUCACUGAGAAAUUGCAUAAUCUGGAAAGUGAACUGACAAUUGUGAAAAGCACAGCUCCCAAGCUGGCUGGAAACUAUCGCUCUGUUGGUGUUCAAACUGGUGAAACUAUCACCAGAGUAGACAGAGGGCUAAACGGAUCCCCCACCAUCGAAGGAAUAUUUGGGAAGGAAUGGUGUCUUGAUCUAUGGAACCAUGGGGAUCCUAACAGCACAGAGAACAGUCCACAACACACUGCCAAAUCAACAGGGGUGCCUUCAGGCCAAGCUGAUGUUAAAGAGGAGGAUUUUGAGGUGGAAAUCAUAAACAGAGACCCACAGGAAAGACCAACAAUAAUUUUAGAUGGAGAUGACGACUUAGUGGACAAUGGAAGAGAAGGGCCCUCCAACGUGUAUCCAUCCUUUGAUUCCUUCCGGCAGGACAGGCCAGAGAGACGGGAUAAACAGGUACUGGAGAUGUCUACUACGGAUGUCUCCACAGGACACACUUUACGUUUCAUAUCCAUCGACGGAUUGGAGGAGGAAUAUGGCGAACAUGUCUUUCCCAUUGAGGACGAUGAGACAAAUGAGUUCCUACCAGACGAUACCGAGCUGUUGCCCAACGAAGGACAAGAUGAACACAUCACAAAGCCAACGUAUGCAAAGAAGUCUUUAGCAAAGUCAAAAAGCAAAGCUGGGAAGACUUUCAGUUACUUUAACAGGUUUAACUUGCACUCCCAUAGUAAAUCCGACACAAACAAGUUAAGUUGUGUGAUUUGUAAGAAGACUUUCUUGCGGCAGAACCAUCUGACGAUGCAUAUGAAAUCUCACAAGUCACUGUACUGCAGUGUGUGUAAGAACUAUUAUCCUGGGAAAACUCAGCUCAAAAAACACAAAUGUGUUGCUCCCGAUUAUCUGGCCUCGAACAGCUCAAAGUACUUUUGUCAUUACUGCGGCAAGUCUUUCAGCUGUCCGUCAAGCCUGAGGAUACACCACCUGGUGCACACUGGAGAGAGACCCCACACGUGCACUGUCUGCGGGAGAGGAUUCACACAGAAGGGCAAUCUGAAAUGUCAUAUGCGCCUUCACACUGGUGAGAAACCGUUCAAAUGCCUCACAUGUGAAAUUGGUUUCACCCAGAAAGUAUACCUCACUCAGCACUUGGCCAAAGCUCACGGUCAAAAGGAAGAAAAUAAGAAAAAGAAGACGCAAGUGCACAAAUGUUCUAAGUGUCAGUUGUCUUUUGUCAAUCAGCAACUGCUCCAAACACACAUGGCUGUUCAUAAAAAUAAAUGAAGUAUUUUUUGUUGAUUGCAAUACUCUUGACUUAAAGGGGCAAUCUACAGUUGCUACAUCCGUUUUUACAUCCAUAACUUAUUUAUGCCUCGUGAGCUUAGUUGAACUGUUGUACACCAUCAGAACCCAAAAUAAGCUUGUAAAUAAACACUUUACAUUUUAGUCAUUUAGCAGACGCUCUUAUCCAGAGCGACUAACAGGAGCAAUUAGGGUUAAGUUCCUUGCUCAAGGGCACAUCGACAGCUUUUUCAUCUUAUCAGCUCUGCGAUUUGAUCCAGUGACCUUUUGGUUACUGGCCCAACGCACUCAGCCACUAGGCUACAUGCCACUCUAAAUAGUUUUAACCAUGUUUUGAGGCUAUAAUUUUGGUAUGGAUGGUCAGUCUGCACUUUAUGGAACAUCGAUAGCUCUGAAUUUGAGUGGUUAGCCUUCAUUUCUCAAGGCCCAGCACUCAGCUUUUUACUGAAACGGGUGGGGAGGCCUCUUUAUCUGAACUGCUGAUUGCCCCUUUAAAGGAUUGUGUGUCUGCUCAAACUGGAGAACCAAAUACUGUCUAAUGUAGGUCAUACUUCACAAUAUUGGCGUGACCUUAACCCAACGACCUUGUCAAGGGGUUCGGAUCUGGAUGCUGGACCUGGGAGUCCCAGUCGGGAGACCCCCCCCCCAUAUACGCUACAGUAUGUUGUAGCCUUUAAGUGUAUUUUUUAUUACACUUAAUUUGUCUGAAUUAGCUACAAUAACAGGAUGUUUUAGGCGAUCUGGUAUGAUUUACCUACAAAAGGUGAAUUAUGAAGUUUUAUUUUGCAAAGAACGUGGUGCAUGAGUAUUGCACUAUUCAUAAGUACUGUAAUGUUCACUUACCACUGUUCUAUAUUUUAGGCUCAAGGGUUGAACCUGCCAAUGUUUGGUGCAAGAUGGCAGUUGGUACUAUAUCUGCAUUGUCCUCUGUAUACAUUGGUACAAUUGACAUAAAACAUCCAUUUCAUGAGAUCUUCAAUUUCUGUUCCCAGCAGUGCACUUUGUACAUAAUGCUUCCAUGAUUGUGUCAGUUGUUUUUCUGGAAUAUUUAUCUGCUGUAAACAUUCAUAAUUAAAGCAGCAUUAAGGGUAUAACUUCAUCUUUGCCAUGUUUACAUUUUUAUAAUAUGUAAUGUGAACAAGUAAGUAAAUGUAUUACUGUACGUGUUACUUUAAUUUCAUAAU